AUGAUUGUAAAAAUUUUAAUUUUUCCAAUUAUUUUAUCAUAGGCUUGCUAUUAAUUAAAUGAAGAGCUGUUGUAUGUUAUAACAGAGAAUGAGAGUAUUAGAGUAAAUCUUUCAUAAGUAUUUAUUGGAAAUAAUAUUUAAUAUUUGACAUCAUCAGAAUUGAAAAUUAUAUCAGCAUUCAAUGAAUAUGAUAAAAAUGAAUUGCCUGAACAAACUUAUCCAAUUAGUUUUAAACCAUUUCUCAAUAUCAAUCAUAAAUGGAUCAAUUAAUUUGCUUAUAUGGCUGAGAAUUACAUUUCUGUGAAUAUUACAUAUUCUAAUCCAUAAAUUAAUUUAAAUACACCUUAAUUUAAGACAGUUUUAUAUUUGGAAAAACAAGAUUAAACAUUAAGUUGCUUUGAUUUUGAUUAUUUUAGAGAUGAUAGUUUUAUAAUUAUGUGUUAAAGAGAUACCCAAAACUUAAUUUAUAUUCAUCAUAAAAAUGGUGACUUAAUAAAUUAGAUUGAACUUGAAAACUUUCUAAAUAUAAAAACUAUUCAAAUCACUAAUAACCUUGAAUAUUUUUAUAAAUUAGAAUCUAAUCAAUUUCAAUCUGUUUUAGCAAUUUAUAAAUGGAAUUAAAACUAAACUAUUUUAACAUUAUAAUCUAUAAUAAAUAAUUCAACAAUCAAUAAGUUAUUUCCAUCUUAAGAAUUUAUUUCUUUAAAGAUUAGUUAAUAUAAGAUACUGAAUUAAAAUAUAAUUUUUUUCCUUGAUUAAAAUUUAGGUUUGUUCCAAUCAGAGAAUGAUCAUGUAACUUUGAUUAAAAAAGAUAAAAUAACAUCUUUUGAUUAUGAUGGUGAAAAUGGGUAUUUAGUUUACCUCUAAAAAUAGUAGAUAGUAAUCUAUUAAAAUUAGCAUUAUAUUCAUACAAUAUACUUGGAUAGUAUGGUUGAUGAAAAAGCUUAAGUUCAUAUAUCUGGAUAAUAUGUCAUACUACAUAACACAGGACACUUCUCAAGUUUUAGUAUCUAUUCUGGAUAUUUAUUACAAAAAAUUAACAGCGAAGGUAUUAUAACUUAUUUAUCCUCAUAACAUUAUUUGCUUACAUUAUCAAAUGAAUUUUCACAUUUCUACUUACUAUCUAAUGGUUAUUUACUUUUAAAUUCUGAUGAUAUUUAAAAGAAAAAUCAAUUGAUACAUUUUUUAAUUUAAGGAAAAGAUCUUCAUGGUACCUGUAAUACUACAAUUAAUUUACAAAUUAUCUAAGAAAAUUAAGAAAUUUUGAUAGCAGACGAAGUCAAGAAUCCAAUUAUUGUUGGAUCUCCUACUCAUUAACAGUAAUUAAAAUUAAUGAUUUCUGGACCAAAUCAAAAUUAUUUAUGUUUAUCUAAUUGCUCUAUUUAACACUUAAUUAAUUUUCCCUUUUCUAUUUAAUUGAAGGAUUAAGUAAUCUAUUAAGAUAUCCUGAAAAUAAAUAAUAUUGAUUAUUAUUUAGUCUAACAAUUCUAAAACAAUCAAUUGGUUAUAAAUAAAUGCAUAUUGAAAUCUCAAUUAUUCUGCUUAUAAUCAGCGACUAUGCAAAUGAAAAUUAGUUUAAAUGAAAAUAAUUUUUAAUGGUAAUUAGUCGAUGAAACUAUUUAUUUUGUAAUUUUAGAAAAUUCAUUUACCAUUUCAUUACAAACAACAAACUCUACAAUUAGAUAGCUUUCUUUUGAGAAAAAUGUUAAAUAAAUACUUUUUAAUAAAUCAUCACUUUAUUUAAUUUUUGAUACUUAGAUUCAUUUUUUUAAGAAUAUAAUAUUAAAUAAUGACUUUAUAUUGAUUGAUGAUUCUUUUAUAAACAAAUGUUCUUAUUCUAUUAGUUGGUAGCCUAUAAGAUUAUAAAUAAAUUAGAAAGGAGAUACAUUGUUUAUCAUAAAUCAUGGUAAUCUGUUGAUUACGAGUUUAUUUACUGAUUUUUAUAUCAAAUAUUAUUUAAAUAUCGAAAUAAAGGAAAAUGAUUAUAUAGCAAUAUCAGAUUAAACCUUUAUUUUAAUAAAAGAUAAUAUAAUAUUCGAAUAUAACUAUUGUUAAGAAGUUUAUUUAAUUCAUAAAAUCCCUUCUUAUUAGUAACAAUUUUAUUAACCAAUUAAUGCAAAGUCUUUUAAUGAAUAUUUAUUAAUUUAAACUGAAUAAUAGGAGAUACUAGUUUAUUAAUUUAAUACUUAUGCCCACAAUUCUCUAAAAAUUUAAAUAUCAAUGAGCAAAACUGGUUUUCAAAUAUAAAGAUAAUAAAUUUAUUUUUCCCCCUUCACAUCUGAUUUACAUUUAUUUAUUUUGUUGUAUGAAAAUGAAUAAAUCCUCAAAAUGAUUCAUUUGUACCCAAUCAUCACAUAUAAUUUUGAAUAUUCGAGUGAUAAUUAUAUUUAAGAAACGACAGCUUUAAUAAAAGUUAGUAAUAAUAAGUAUAGUUUAUAAAUAAAUUAAAAAAUAAAAUAGAUUAAUACUCUUACAUCUAUUAAAUUUUCUGAAAAGGAACUUUAAGAAUAAAAUAAAUUUUACCUUUAAAAAUAUGAUUAGAAAAUACCUAUGAUUCAUGAAUGGUAUGAAGGAUAGGUAAUAGAUUUUAUAGUUGAGAGUGAGAUUAAGGAUGUUGUUACUGUACAAAAUCUUUUAGAAAGGACAGAGAAUUUACUAUCUAAUAGUCUAUAAUUUAAUAAUUUAAUAUCAAUUAAUAAUGUUACAAAGAUUUUAUAAGGAACUACAUCAAUUUUAUAAAUAGAUUCAUAAUUCUAAAUCAUAUCACUUAUUAAUCUAGAUGUUAGAUCUUAAUUUAAUUGUAUUUCAACCAUAUAAGAUUAAUACUUUUUUUAUACAUUAUGUAAUAAUAUGACAGAUUCAUAUCUUCACAUUACUAAAGUAGAUGAUGGUUUCCCUUUAGGAUUUCUUUAUUAAUUUGAUGGUAUGACUAAAAAAAUUGCAAAUAUAAAUAAAAAAAUCUUAUUUUUGUCUGAAUAUACAUUAUAAAUGGGUGAUAUUUUACAGGAAAAUGGAAAUUUUAAAAUUAAGAAUAUCAUAUAAAUAAAUUCAAGUUAUUUAAAAUUAAAAAUUCCAUUUCAUGCAAUAGAUUUUGAUAUUACUGAAGAAGAGGGAAAUGAAUUUAUAAUUAAAAUAAUAGAUAUAAGUGGUAUGAUUGCUAUUUUAAGAGGAAUCUAUUCAGAAAAUAAUUAUGUAGUAUUUAAUAUUUAAACUUUUGAUGCAAAAGAGUUAUUAAAGAAAAAUAAUUUAUUUAUUCUUAGUGACACCUCUUUUAUCUUCAUAAAAUAGCUAUUUCAUUUAAAGGAUUUUAUUUAGAAUUUAUGUUUUCUUAUAAUAACUAACAAUGCUGGAUCAUAUGGAAUAAGAAUAACUUAUGAUGAAGAUGCUCAUCCAUCUUUAGAAUUCAUGAUUAUUUAAUAUGGAUUUUGGGAAACUUAAAGAUUUGAUAUUGGAAAUAAUAUAAUUGCUAUAUCAUACAAGAAUGAAAAUAAAGUUUUUAUAGGUCUAUACAAAAUUAAUUUUGAUCAAAUACAUUUUGAAUUCAAAAAAUAUACAAUUAAUUCAGGUAUCUAAAUUGAUUAAUCCUCUUAAAACCCUGUUUUCUUUUUCUUAAAGAAUAAUUAUCUGUUUGUUGAUACUUAAGAUUAGACAUUUUAAGAAUACUAUAUAAAUGACUAUGUCUAUUUUUCUGUUAAAGGAGCUUAGGAUCGACAACAUGUUAAUAUCACUGCAAAAAAUGACUUUACAUCAAAUUCAAUCAAUUAUAUCAUUAAUUAUCAUAUUGAAGAUGAAUCGUAAUAUAAAUUUUAUUUAAUAUUAGAUCAAAUAUUUGGUGGAUUGUGUUAGUUAGUGUUUGUGGUGGAACAAUAUUGAUAACUCUUUGCUUUUAUAUCUAUAAACGAAUGCAUCCUGUUAAAAGUGUAAGCUCUAUUUUAUUGGAAUGA